UUUGUCCAAUGUAACGCAGGCUAACUGUAGGGGGUGAGCAGAGAAGGUUUAGAUCCCCCUCCUGCCUCCACGUGUGGUUAUGCAAAGCUAGUCAGUAUAUAAGAGCUGAACCAGAGGGGAAAGUGAGGAUUUCUAUAAAAGGUGGCAAAUUAUUUUUUUAAGAAUGCUACGAUACGCUGUGGCUCUCUGCCUUUUGGCGCUGUCCUUGGCUCAGGAUUGCCAGGUCGCUAACAUCCAGGUCAUGCAGAAUUUUACCAAAUCCAGGUAUGCAGGGACCUGGUAUGCUGCAGGAAAGAAGGACCCAGAAGGUUUGUUCUUGCUCGACAACGUUGUGGCCCAGUUUGUCGUUGACGACGAAGGCAAAAUGACGGCGACAGCUAAAGGCAGAGUCAUCAUCCUUAAUAACUGGGAGAUGUGUGCCCACAUGUUUGCUACCUUUGAGGAAACUCCUGAACCUGCCAAGUUUAAAAUGACUUACUGGGGAGCUGCUUCAUACCUGCAGACUGGAAAUGACGAACACUGGGUUAUCGACACCGACUACGACAACUACGCCGUCCACUACUCCUGCAGGCUAGAGGACGCCGACGGCACUUGCUUGGACAGUUACUCCUUCAUAUUCUCCCGCCACCCAGAGGGCCUGAGGGCAGAGGACCACGCCAUCGUCACGCAAAAGAAGAUGGAAAUUUGUCUUUUGGGAAAAUACAGACGGGUCGCACACACUGGUUUCUGUGAAAACGGCGGAUCUGUUGAACCACUGUGACCUUUCUUCAAAGCUUUUCCUGUACAACUGUGUUCCCUUUUGCUGGCGUCAGACUGAUCACCCCUGUGAUCUUUGUUCAUCUUAAAGAGGACCAUUCCUAUUUUAAAAUAAACUUAAAAUGACAAAACGAGACAGGUCACAUUUACAGAACUGUCACCUCGAACGUCUGUCUUAAACCCAGCAUUUAUUUCACAUUAUGUUUUUCAUUGCAAUCAAACAGCUUGUUUUAAAACCAGUUUUCAUUUUUUUUGCAGCACAUUUUCUUGUAGCACAUAAACCCAUUUUGUUCAUAAAGUUUAAAAUGUACAAACAGUAGUUCUGUUGUUUGAUUGUCUUAACUGUUGUGUUCUUCAUCCAGUUUUUGAAAUAAAACAGUCAAACUUUUCUUGCUAAC